AUGUCGCGAGCUGAGUGGAGCAGUAUCGGCUCUGAUGCCGAGGUGCGACACGAUUUCGAUCAGCCGUUUGACACCCACCAUCCUCUCCGGACAGCGCAAGACAGCAACGAUGUACAGGUCCACCACUCGGAUGAUGAUGAUGAUGAUGAUGUUGAUGGCGCAGACCUCGCAUCGCUGAACGAGUCCCAUCAUAGCUUCGACUCGGCUUCCACAUAUCAUCCACCAGACGAGCAAAGGAGCCAAACAACGCCUCAGUCGGACUUUGUUGAUGAUGCCAAUGAUCAAUCCAAUCAAGCCAUUUGCCGCAUCUGCUUGGAAUCGUCUUCAAGCGAUGCCUCCGGUGGCGAGUCUCUUGGCCGUCUUCUAUCGCCCUGCAGGUGCAAAGGAACCAUGAAGUAUGUCCAUGCCACUUGCCUCGAUCAGUGGAGAGCUGCUUCAGCUAGGUCCUCUUCCGCAGUUGCAUGCGACCAAUGUGGCGCCCCAUACCGCUUUCGCAAGUCCAAGUUUGUCGGCCUUGCUACGUCUCCAUCUCUCCUUUUCGUCGUCAGCCUGUUUCUAUUCCUCCUGCUCAUCUGGACCGUUGGCGUGAUAGCCACUCUCUGCAUGGAUCUCUACGAUACAUCUUCCUCUCCGAAAGCUCAAUAUACCUCUCGCAAGACGAGGUCAAGACGUUGGUGGCCAUGGAGAGGCUCCAACCUGGAUGCAGAAGCUGAGUUGGCGCCAUUCCAGACCGAUGCCUGGUCCUACCUCGAUGCAGAUUCUUCUACUCCCGGUCUUUGGAGCUACAGCACCCUUAUGUACGAACCAGCGGCUUACGUCAAGCUUAUCAAGGAGGCUGUGCGCUCUUUCGCUUCAGGAGAGGCUGUUGAUGCAGUUCGGCAAGUCGUUGGCCUCCAAGAGUCGCCGGAAACUGUUCAGAGCGUGCAAGAGGAAGCAUAUGACGAGCGGCCCUUUUGGUCUGCGCUCAAGAAUGAAUGGAUGUACGGUGAUGGCGGACUGUGGAAGAAGGAAGCCAGCACUCCGUCACAAGUAUCAGACGUGAGCACAAAAGCUGGCCCCCUCUCCUCACAACAAAACAAUCCGACAAAAGGAAAGUCGAGCGAGAAGUACGAUGCACGAGCAGCUGCUGACAUUAAUGACAUCAAUGCGAUUAAGCGGCGCCGCCAAGGCAAAGCCAAGUCCGUCCGACGCACAAGCAAGCUCGCCGCCGAGCCGCAAGGAUGGCUGAACAAACUUUUAGUACAAUUCUCGGUCGGUUUCUCCCUGGUCGGUAUACUCUCCUUCGUCAACCUUCUCGUUGGUGCCUCCUUCCUGGGACCCAUCAACCUGCACAACUUUGGUCUCGGUCGAUCCUUCGCUCGCAUGACAUCGGGUGGUCGACCUUCCAGAAACGGCAACCGUGACGGCGUCAAUAUUGCUUCGAUCCUCAUUGUUCUGCUUGUGCUCAUUGGUGUCGUGCGCGCCUUGCAUGUCGUGUACAAGCUUGUACGCAAAGCUGCCCGAAGGGGGCUGAGCAGGCUCGAGGCGGUCAUUGUAGAUUGGAACCAUGAGGACGAGGAGCAGCAGAGCAACCUCGUCACAGCGACACGCUCGGAUUUAGAUGGCACAGCUGUUGAUCGAGGCGAGGGCGUGAGAUUCAGACAGCCAUUCGUUGGCCUAGCAGGAGACGAUUGA